CCCCCCCCCCCCCCCCCCUCGCCGUUACCCCCCCCCCCCCGCCGCCGCCGCCGCCAACAAAGGCGGGUGGAUGCCGGGGAGCACCGCGCACCGGGAGCCGGCCAGGCGCCGCAGCCCCCCGGGACGUGGUGGGGACCCCCCGGUCCCCCCGCAUGGCCCCCGCACCCUGAGCCCCGGCGCCUGAGCCCCGGCGCCGGGCGGGCACAUGAGGAAGAACCGGAGCGACCUGGCCGGGCCCGAGGAGCAGCCCCCGCCGGAGACGCCGGACCCCGGGUGCUGCAGCCGCUCCCCUCCCUCCCCAGGGAUGCUGGGUGCCGACCUGCGCCGCGGGCACCGCCGUCUCUCCGCCAGCCUCCAGGUGCCCCCCUGGAAGCCCCCGGAGCGGCCGCGCUCGCCGGAGCCCGCCGGCCUCCCGCGCCCCACCACGCUACCCCUCCGCAUCCCGCCGCGCAUCGCCAUCACCCACCCCGAGCCCCCCAGCUUCGAGGUGGAGAAUGGCCCCUCGCCGGGCCGCAGCCCGCCGGACCCCCAGGCCAGCCCGGGGCUGGUGCUGCUGCCCGGCGGCCCCCCCGGCCAACGCCGCGAGUCCUUCCUAACCGCUCCCGACAGCGACUACGACGCUUCCCCCAAGAGCAUGUCCCGAAACUCCUCCAUCGCCAGCGAGGCCCAUGCCGAAGACCUGAUCGUCACUCCCUUCGCCCAGGUGCUGGCGAGUCUCCGCAGCGUCCGCAGCAACUUUUCCAUCCCUGACAAAUGUCCCCACCCCCCACGGCCAGCAAGCGGUCGCCCGUCGGCUCGCAGCCCCCCCCUUUGCAAGGCCACGCUCUCGGAGGAGACGUCCCAGCAGCUGGCCCGGGAGACGCUGGAGGAGCUGGACUGGUGCCUGGACCAGCUGGAGACCCUCCAGACCCACCGCGCCGUCAGCGAGAUGGCCUCCAACAAGUUCAAGAGGAUGCUGAACCGGGAGCUGACCCACCUCUCCGAGAUGAGCCGCUCCGGCAACCAGGUCUCCGAGUACAUCUCCAGCACCUUCCUCGACAAGCAGCACGAGGUGGAGAUCCCGGCCCCCGGCCCCAAGGAGCGGGAGAAGAAGCGGCGGCAGCCCCCCCCCAUGGGGCAGAUCAGCGGGGUGAAGAAGUUGCCCCCCGGCUCCGGCCCCGGCGGCUCCAGCGUCCCCCGCUUCGGCGUCAAGACCGACCGCGAGGACCUGCUGGGCAAGGAGCUCGACAGCCUCAACAAGUGGGGCUUGAACAUCUUCCGCGUCUCCGAAUACUCCAACAACCGCUCGCUCAGCUGCAUCAUGUACACGAUAUUCCAGGAGCGGGAGCUGGUGAAGACCUUCAAGAUCCCGGUGGAGACGUUGCUGACCUACACCUUGACCUUGGAGGACCACUACCACGCCGACGUCGCCUACCACAACAGCCUGCACGCCGCCGACGUCAUGCAGUCCACCCACGUCCUGCUGGCCACCCCCGCCCUCGACGCGGUGUUCACCGACCUGGAGAUCCUGGCAGCCCUCUUCGCCGCCGCCAUCCACGACGUCGACCACCCCGGCGUCUCCAACCAGUUCCUCAUCAACACCAACUCGGAGCUGGCGCUGAUGUACAACGACGAGUCGGUGCUGGAGAACCAUCACUUGGCCGUCGGCUUCAAGCUGCUGCAGGAGGAGAACUGCGACAUCUUCCAGAACCUCAGCAAGCGCCAGCGCCAGACCCUCCGCAAGAUGGUCAUCGACAUGGUCCUGGCCACCGACAUGUCGAAGCACAUGAGCCUCUUGGCCGACCUCAAGACGAUGGUGGAGACCAAGAAGGUGACGAGUUCCGGGGUGCUGCUGCUGGACAACUACACGGAUCGCAUCCAGGUCCUGAGGAACAUGGUGCACUGCGCGGAUCUGAGCAACCCGACGAAGCCGCUGGCGCUGUACCGGCAGUGGACGGAGCGCAUCAUGGAGGAGUUUUUCCGGCAGGGAGACAGGGAGCGGGAGCGGGGCAUGGAGAUCAGCCCCAUGUGUGACAAACACACCGCCUCCGUCGAGAAGUCCCAGGUGGGCUUCAUCGACUACAUCGUGCACCCGCUGUGGGAGACGUGGGCCGACCUGGUGCACCCGGACGCGCAGGAGAUCCUGGAGACGCUGGAGGAGAACCGGGACUGGUACCACAGCCGCGUCCCCCCCCACAGCCCCUCGCCCCCCCCCGCCGCCGCCUCCCCCCCCCCCCAGCACCGGUUCCAGUUCGACCUGACCUUGGAAGAGGAUGAGGAAGGGCAGGAGCCCGGCGUUUAUCCCCCCCCCUCGGCCUGUAACACCCCCCGGCUCGUUCAUCAACCCUACGUCACCCCCCCGGAGCAGCCCCCCGGGAGACCCCCCGAGGAGGAGGAGGAGGAGGAGGAAGAGCGGAAUGGACUCGGGGGGGGAUACGCUGUCGGGGAGUGGUGACACCCCCCCCCCUUGUAGAUUAUUUGGGGAGGGGGGGGAGGUACAGGACACCCCCCCCCCUCCCAGAGCAGAACUCAGAUUUAUUUUAUUUUAAUUUUAUUUUAAUUUUAUUUUAAAGUCGAUUUUAAUUUGAUGGGGUUUAUUUGGGGGGGGGGGGGGCAGGGGGGAGGGAAGAGGGAAUUUUUAUUGUAUUUUUUAAAAAACUUGAAAAGACAAAAAAAGAGAUAAAAUGCCCCCCCCCCCCCAGGGGAGGAAAAAGGGAAUACGGACAGACACCCCCCC